CACUUGAGUGUACUUCGAACCCGAUGCUAUUUGAGUCAAUUUUUACCUCCUUUUGUUGGAGAGUUGUUGCGUGUAGAAAUUUUCUCGUGACAGUAGCAGAAGCCGAUAGAAUAGUGGAUUACGUGACACGAUAUGAAUGGAGACAGCUCGCGGAAAUUGCGAUAUAUCCUCAUUUGUAACUUUUUCUUAAACAUCAGCAUUUUUGCAAUAUGCACUCUACAGCAGAGAGACCAGUACUCGGAGGCCAGCUCCAUGGGAGGAACAAAAUUAUUUGACAAUGAGUUAGCAUCUGCUGUGACACAUGAAAAUGUAAAAGACAUUGGUUCUCUAGAGGAGGACCAAGGUAUAAAAUUAGACAUAUUACAGCCAUACAAAGAUCAUCAUGGUCCCAAACAUCGAACACAUCGUCAGGUGCGAGAGUGCCAGGAUGUUAGAUACGGAAAUGUAACUCAUUCCAAGCUUUUAUCUCAUGGAUUCCAUGGAAACAUAAGUCUUCCCAUAGCCGACACGAGGCACAUGAUCCACGUCAUGCAAGAAAACUAUUAUUUACGCCGAGAUGUACUGAUGCAUCUUUCUGUGAUAAAUAACCCCUUCUUAACAGUGUCAGUUCUUGAACCAGAGACAGAUAACGGGUGUGAGAAGGAUUUGAGAGCCACGGUGCUGGAAUCUGCUAAACAAGAGCAGUGUAUUGUGGCCAUUAAUGCUGGCUUCUUUAACACAACCAGUGGAGCUUGUAAAGGAAAUCUUGUCAGCAAUGGAAGAAUAGUGCAUGACACAGGAGGAAUUCAGAAUGCCCACUUUGGAAUUACAAAAGAUGGAUACCUCUUUAUUGGGUAUCUGUCAGAGAUUGAUUUGGUCACUCAGGACUUCCAGCAGCUGGUGGGUGGGGUGCUGUGGCUGAUCCGUGACGGAAAAUCCUACCUGGAGGAGAGUAUAAAAAUAGAAUGCUCCGACACUGAGGAAACAGGUACCCUGGAGUAUUUUGCCUCCGUUAUGUCUGCACGGACAGUAGUGGGACAUGACAGAGAGGGGCGGGUCAUCUUCAUGCAGGCCGACGGCAAGACAGGAGAAAACGGACUAAGUCUGAAGGAGUUUGUUGAAGUGAUGCUACAGUAUGGAAUAGUGAAUGCUGUUAAUCUAGAUGGAGGAGGGUCAGCUACCUACACAGUGAAUGGGACCCUCGUAAACUACCCCUCAGAUCAGUGUGUGGAUGACAAAAGAUUUAACUGUGCUAGAAAUGUGUCCACCAUCCUCUGUGCUCAUCUACCGCGAUGUCCAGAGGUCAACUGUUCAGGUCACGGUCAGUGUGUCCUUGGUCAGUGUCAAUGUCAAGGACACUGGACAGGAAGUCGAUGUGAUCAGCUGAUCUGUAGCAAUAACUGUAGCGGUCAGGGAACAUGUACUCCAGAGGGCUGCUCCUGUAAUGCUGGUCGGCAUGGUGAUGACUGCAGUAGCAGCUGUCCUGGGGGGUUCUAUGGGGCAGGGUGUAGCCACCCCUGCUCCUGUCUGAGUGGUGCAGACUGUGACCCAGUUAGAGGGGCCUGUCUCUGCCCCCCGGGUCAAACAGGGACUCUCUGUCAGAACGCAUGUCCCUAUGGUUACUAUGGCGACUCCUGUAAGGAGCAGUGUUUCUGUGAUGACGGUUGCCCGUGUCACCCGGUAACAGGAAGUUGUAACUUCUCCCAGUUACACAGCGACAUUCUCCAAGCAAGUGUCUGUUAUUCUCAGAAAAAAAUCAAAGCAGAGCAUCUAGUCCCUGACCAAUCUAGUGUCUACAGGUCCUGUCUCCUGGCUUUGGUCGUUAUCAGUGUCCUAGCAGGCCUAAGUAUUUUAAUGAACAUUGUCCUAGCCUACAAAGUGUACACCAAGAAGAAGCACAAGAGUCAGCGGCGUAAGAAGGCCGUCCUCACAAACUCCAAACAGCUGUACAAGUUCCCGGUGUCCGACACCGAGGAGGAUCUCUCCUCAUUCAGCGACUAUCCCAUGGAGCAAACCAGCUUCAUCAAGAAACCAAAGGGGUACUCCUAGCCCUCAUAGAGGUCCACAGAGAGGGAGAGGGCAUCGUUGUAGUUGUGACAGAAGCCAGCAGUGGGAGGGAGAGAGGGGACAGUCAUAGCUCUGAAAGCAGGGGUACUCAUACCUCUGACAAUUCCUGUGAUGUAAAAGAGAUGGGGGGCUUCCACAUCCUUGAUAAAAUCAUGUGAAUUGGAGGCAGGGGUACUCUUAGUUCUGCUAAGUGCUGUGAUGGAAAAAAGAUAGGGGGCUUCCGUAUCCCUGAUAAAAUCAUGUGAUUUGGAGCCAGGGGUACUCUUAGCUCUGAAUCACAUGUAGUUAGAUGAUUAAAUGAUUACCUUUAAUAUGGACCAGUGACUUAAACUCAUGUUCUACAUUGUAUAUGUAUAAUACCGUACAUGUUCUUUAAUUUAAAGGUAUAUGUAAAAUACAGGCAAGUAUUUGUAUUGAAAAGUUAUAUUGGAACGUUUACAAAAUUGAUUUUUAAAAAAAUAGUGUUUGGCACUGCAUCUAUUUUGAACUAAUACUUGCAUCUUAAAGGUUAUAGGUGUUUCUGAAGGGAAGUUAAGGAGCAAUACCAAUGAACUAGAAACAAGAAAGGAAAAAAACUGUUUUGAGAUGUAUUAUUGAAAAUUCCUCUCUUGCUGAACAGGUCUACAAUGCACAGCUUAUAAACAGUUCAGUAGAAGCAGCCUCGGAUCGCCAUAUACUUCUGUCUUCCAAUUUGUAAAUUUAUUACUUCGAUGUAGUCUUAUUUAGGUUUUCCUGUACUGUAUACAGUUAGAUUCUCUCUCAGGGAUUACUAAUUUGAUGCCUCUUAACUCACUUCAUUAAGACUUACACUUCUUAAAACUCUUCAUCACAAAUGGCAAUUUAAACUUUUUGUUGAAUUGUUUGUAUCAGUCGUUUGGUUGAAUAUCAUUAUAGCUCAGUGGUUAAGGUAUUUGGUCCGUGAACUGCAGAUCAUAUUUUUUUUUUAUUUUUGAAAAUCAUAAUUUUUUUUAUCGAAAAUUGCAUAUUUUGGCACCAGUUUGACUUAUAUACUUUUUAUGCAUUAUCCAUCUAUCAUAAUCAAGUACCGAUAUAUUGUAGUUUUGAUGUUUUGAGAAUCUAUUUCAAGGUGUAGUGAGCCUUAAAUUUUUGCACUUUUUUCCUAAAUUACAGUUGAAUGAAAUUCAAAAAACAGAAGGUUGCUUUAUUUAGUACACAUGUACCAUUAUAUAGUAUAUAAAGACUGAAUUUGCCAAAUAUUCCCAAUGUUAUUAAUAAAUGAACAAACUACAAUAGACAGUGGUAGAUUGCUAACUGUGUCCAGCAAGCCUUGUAUGAAAUCGUCUGCUCCUUUAGGUACAGAGAGAAUUGCACGAACACUAGCAUCAGCAUACAGUAAAACACAGUUAUAGCAAACAUCCUUAUUAGGAAUUGACGCUUACAGCGAAGUAAUUUCUAUUCCCCGUGACUUUAUUACAUGUUUUAAACUUGGCGGACAUAACGAAUCA